AUGAUGACGGGCGAGGAAAGAAGGUCAGAAGCGAAGGAGAACAGCAGGCCGACGAUUUUUUCGACGCGGAGGCCGCUUCCGACGUGGAUCACAGCGCCAUACAACUCAUGGAUGGCCGCGCGGGCGGCAUGGACAGGCAAGAUCCUCGGAAACGUUUUGGCUCCACAUUGGCAGUGCCUGGUGCAUCAAAUGAAGAAGACGUGUUCGCGACCCCGCGCGCCGAUGAGGAGGACGAAACUGAAACGAACCGGCCGGCACCAGUUUCUUCCUCCAUGGCUGCAGCGAAAAAGACCGACAGCGCGGCUUCGGUACUGGGACCGCCAGGUCGAGGCUUGGAGAAGAAGCCAGGCACUCCGGCUGCGGAAGUUCCUUGGCGCAGCCGUUUGCGAGCACAGCUGUCACGCGAUCACGCUGACAUCGAGCUCGAGAACCUCGAUGAAGACUUUCCUUGAAGGAAAGGAACAGUGCCUACUUAGAUUGAGAAGUAUCUUUUGA